CUAGGCCCACCAAAAAGCCAAGACCGGCCCUGGAUGUGGGUUUGAUUUUCCCAACACUGAACAGCUCAGUGUUGAGAGCCGCGCUGGAGGCUACCCAGCAGAGCAACGCUCCACACCGUGCCGCCUGGUAAACCGACACCUGUCCGCCACAUUCACCUCCUUCUUCCUUUACCGUGUGUCUGCUGGAGGUGUCCCGUCGGUCUUCGGGCAUGAAGAAUAAACACAACCAACAGGUCAAGACAGCGGUUCCGAACCGACUCGACAUGUCGAGCUUCGAGGUGUCUCUCCAGCAACUCAACGAUUUGUUGACAGACGACAGCGGCUUUUACAGCUGGCCGACAAAACACUUCCAUGAGGUCUACCCGAGGAUUUAUGUCGGCAAUGCGUUUGUAGCGACAAACGUGAUGCGACUGAAGCGUCUGGGAGUCACCCACAUCCUGAACGGAGCAGAAGGAAACUCCUUCAUGCACGUCAACACCAACACUGAGUUCUACGCAGGCACAGGCAUCAUCUACCACGGGAUACCAGCCAGCGACACCGACCACUUCGACAUCAGCGUCUACUUUGAAGAGGCAGCAGACUUUAUCGAGAAGGCGUUGGCGUACAAAAACGGAAAAGGUAAAGUGUAUGUUCAUUGCAGGGAAGGCUACAGCCGCUCGCCAACCUUAGUCAUAGCCUACCUGAUGCUUCGCCAAAACAUGGAUGUCCACACCGCUCUGGCCAUGGUGCGGCAGAAAAGAGAAAUCGGACCCAACGACGGCUUCCUUCGGCAGCUCUGUCGGCUGAACCAGAGGCUGGCUGCUGAGGGAAAGCUCUGGAACAAUCCCAGCCGCUCCCAGAGGGGAUUUCAAGUGGACACUGUGAUUUUUAUAUUGAAUCAGAUUUUCAGGGUACCAGAGGAUGAUGUUAAAAUAUUUUCUGUCUAAUAUGUUUAGUAUGCUUUAGAAAACUGCACAAUCUUUGACCCAUGUUGCACUCUUAGAAAACUGCCUCAGAAGUAUUUCUCAAAUUUGUCUUGCUGUUAUUCUGCUUUAUAGGAAUUCUACAGUUUUACACUGCAAGAUGGUUCAAUUUUUAAUGAUUAAAAUUAAGCUAGUUUGAUAUUAUUAGAACAGCAAAGAAAACCAGGAAUAAUUUGACUUUUUGGGAAAUACGCUAAGAGUUAGAUACAGUAAAAGUGAUUGGGAAGAUAAAACUAAUGCCAGCAGCCAGUUAGCGUCGCUUAUAUUUAGCGUACAGACAUGAGAACCAUAUUAAUCUCCUCAUCUAGCGCUUGGUAAGAAAAUGAAUUAGCGUAUUUCCCCAAAUGUGGAACUACACCUGUAAUGUCAACUUUGGCGAGAGAGUUUGUCUCACAUUCUAGCAAUGAGCGACUCUUGAUAAUGUUAAGAUUCUAUACACAUGUCUUGUCAUAGCUGCUGAGGGUAGAUUACCUGUGACCAUGCCAGACGGUCCAAUGAGAGGAGCCAAAAGUCUAUGAUUGUAAUUUAAACACUGCCACAACGUGAGAUAUGUUUGCCUGUAACUUAAACAUGUUGGAUAACUUCUCAGUCGACACCUUUGCACAGUAGUGUGUGUUUCUGUCUGAGUGUAUGCAGUUUUAUAUUGUAAAGCAGCAUGCGUUGUAAUAUGUGAACCAAAGUACUCUUUAUAUUCCUUUGUUAGCACAGCUGUGUAUCUACAGUACGUGUAUUCAUAGUGUGCAUUAUUGAGUGUGCAUUAUAUGUCACAAUGUGCAUUAUUGAGCCUGUGACUUGUGAAUCAUCAUGCAUUACUGAGUAGGAUGUGAUGUAGUUGGUCAUGUCAGUAGGCCUUCAUUGAGUCUCAGAUUAUGACACUGCUUAUAAGAAGUGCACUUUAUCUAAUGACACUGGUGAUUGUUGUUGCUCUCUUUUCAUACAUUCAGUAAUAAACUGUGAAAAUAA